AUGGGUCGAGUCACUACUCCACCACCAGGGGAGAAUCCAAACAAUGGUUUCCCGGCUCAGCAAACCGGUUCACCGAUCAAGCAAGCUGGAGUUCCUGUGAGCCAAUUUGCGCCGCCAAACUAUCAUCAAGCUAAUGUUAACCUAUCUAUUGGGACUCCAUGGAGGACUGGUUUGUUUGAUUGUCAAGAAGACCAAACCAAUGCCGUUAUGACAGCAAUCUUACCUUGUUUGACAUUCGGUCAAAUAUCGGAAGUAAUGGAUGAAGGAGAGAUGACUUGUCCUCUUGGAAGUUUCAUAUACUUGUUGAUGAUGCCGGCUUUAUGCUCACAAUGGGUGAUGGGAUCAAAGUAUAGGGAAAAAAUAAGAAGAAGAUUUAAUCUUGUGGAAGCUCCAUAUUCAGAUUGUAUCACUCAUGUGUUUUGCUCUUGUUGCGCUCUUUGUCAAGAAUACAGAGAGCUCAAGGCUAGAAAUCUUGAUCCUUCUUUAGGUUGGAAUGGGAUACUUGCUCAAAGACAAGGGCAAUAUGAGAUUGAAGCUCCUCCAAAUCAAUAUAUGUCUAAGUGA